AUGACAGACCCGAAGGACCGGCUCGGAUUUUGCACGUUGGGCAUGUUCAUCAUUGGUUCGGUCCCCCUCGACGCGUCUGACCCCACCCUGACGAUAACCCCAGAUGAAAUUGAACAUCCCAACAGCGAUACACCAGAGCAGAGAAUUAUAGGUGGUGCAGGCACAUACGCGGCUCUAGGUGCCCGCCUAGCAGCCGGAGGCCACCAUGCUCGGCACGUUGGAUGGAUAGUCGAUAUGGGAUCAGACUUCCCAGCCGAACUGAGAGAUCUAAUUGAGACUUGGAACACGAAGUGCGUGUUUCGGCUUGAUAUGGAUCGUCUUACUACUACGGCGUGGAAUGGAUAUGGUCAUAAUGAACAUCGAGGUCGGGGGGAAGCCUUCAAGUAUCUCACGCCGAAACUACGGCUGGAUGAGCUCUCUUUAUCGGAUGAGCAGUUGCUUGCUCGAUCGUUCCACAUGGUGUGUUCACCGCAGCGCUGCAUGUCAUUGAUCAAUGGAAUAAUGGCUCGGCGGAAGGCGAUUGCACCGGGAGAAUCGCGCCCUGUGUUUGUGUGGGAGCCGAUUCCGGACUUGUGCACGCCAGAAGAGUUCGAUCGGCUCCGAUCCGCUAUUGCGCUUGUGGAUGUUGUGAGCCCCAAUGCUGAGGAACUUGCGUCUUUCUUCCCCGUCUCAACAGGUGGCAAACUGCCACAAGAGAUAAUGGCCGAGAAGCUGCUACUAUUGGAUUCGAAUCAUUACAUGACCGCAGCUCUUGUGGUUAGGGAAGGGGCCUUUGGUUGCACGACGUAUGUGGGAAGGAGGAAGCUCCAUCUCCGUGCGUUUCACCAAGAUGGAAGCCGGAUUCGAGAUCCGACAGGAGGUGGUAACACAUUCUUGGGAGCAUUGGCUAUGGGUAUGACAGGCUGCGUGACACCUGUUGAGACCAGCAUACACAAUUGCAGCCUCUCGAGUGAUGGAAAUCUACAUCGAUAUCUCCAUUUAGGCCUCCUCCAUGCGACGGUAGCUGCCGCAUAUGCCAUCGAGCAAGUCGGCAUGCCCAACGUAUCCACAACAAAUCCUGAUCGAUGGAAUGGGGAGUCCUACCAGGACCGGUUCAAGUCAUAUCUUGACAGACAGGGAAAUUACAUAGCCAAGCAAAUACACUAA